UAUAUUUACUAUUAUAUGUAUUUUAAUAGAUUUAAAGGUGAUCUGCCGGAAGAACGCCACAUGAAAGUGGACAAUAAAAAUUUUUACUUCGAUAUUGGACAAAAUAAUCGUGGCGUUUACAUGCGCAUUAGUGAGGUAAAAAGUAAUUUUCGUACUGCUAUAACUGUGCCAGAGAAAUGUUGGCUACGUUUUCGUGACAUUUUUAAUGAUUAUUGUGACAAAAUGAAGAAAUCGUCCGACACAUCGUCUAUCACUGCCGAUAAUAAUAUUCAAACUCCUGCAAACAGUCUAAUUUACUAUUAUAUGUAUUUUAAUAGAUUUAAAGGUGAUCUGCCGGAAGAACGCCACAUGAAAGUGGACAAUAAAAAUUUUUACUUCGAUAUUGGACAAAAUAAUCGUGGCGCUUACAUGCGCAUUAGUGAGGUAAAAAGUAAUUUUCGUACUGCUAUAAGUGUGCCAGAGAAAUGUUGGCUACGUUUUCGUGACAUUUUUAAUGAUUAUUGUGACAAAAUGAAGAAAUCGUCCGACACAUCGUCUAUCACUGUCGAUAAUAAUAUUCAAACUCCUGCAAACAGUCUAAAAUAAAAAUAGCGGCAUAAAAAUAAACAAAACAAUUGUGGAGAGUUAAAGUUGAAGAAAAAGUUAUGUUUAACCAACAAAAAGGAGAAUAAACAAAAAAGUGAAUCAAGAUAUAUUUUAUUAAAAAUCCAUACUUAUUAAAUUAAAUCUUAUUUCAUGUUGGAAUUUAAUAAGAAAAUUAAAGAACAGAGAACUAGUUACUACUAUAAAUGUUAGAUUAAUUGGUAACAAAAAUGGAGGACACCAGUUGCAUUGAUUAGAGGCUGCUCUAAAAACGACGAAGUUGGCAGAAUUUAAAUUAACAGUCAUGCUUUCUCGAACUUUCUUGAACUUUUGAAGCCAAUAGUAAUUCUUUGUAUUAUCAUUUAGAUGCUACAUAUGUAAGCCCGCGCAGUUCCAAAUAGUACCUAUAAUAUAUGGCAACAGAUGUAAAAUCUAAGCCUUAUAUUCAUUAUCCGAUUUUCAUAUAUAUAUUUUAAGAAAUGUACGAUAGUUUUAACAAUGCUAAUAGGACUAUGAAUA